AUGUUGAAAGCUUCGUGUUUUCUUCUUGCUUUGCUCAUGGUAGCUUCAGCACAGGAAUUAAGAGGCACUCCAAACCUUAAAAUAAGCACAGACGACGUCUAUGAGUUUCUUGGCGGUUUUAUGAAUGGUCUUGAAGGUAAAGUCAGCACUCCAGGCCCUUGCUAUCAAGCUCUCGCCUCUACAAACGAAGAUUUCGUUGCUAUUAUUUCUGAUGUGGUCAGAGUUUUAAAUGGAGACAACUCUGCAGUUAGCCAACUAAUUACCGACUCAGAAGCUCUUCUCCCAUUAUUAUUGCCUCUUGAAAGCCAAUGCCAAUGGGGCUUAUUAUACAACCAAACCAAGGCCUUGAUUGCUGGAGGCUAUUCAACUAUCCUUCUUCGUUACAGCAUGCACAUCAAGACAAUGACAGCUGACAUUUUGACUAUUAAAAAUUGCAAUGCAAAUUACACUGCAUGUGGCUAUGCUGCAGGAGAAAUCUUAAGAAUUGAGCUCAACUGGAAACUCAACACAAAUCUUAAAGCUGAUCCUAACUCCCACCACUUAAAUUGGAGCAAAAACCCUCCAAUUUUAAAGGAAGAGCAAAUUUUUUUUUAAAAUUAAAAAAUUAUAUUAAACAUUUUUCUUUAUAAAAAAUAUAAAUACCUUGAAUUUUAAUUUAUUUUUAUGAAAGAAUAAUUAAAAAUUAUUUAAUUUAUAUGAAAACUGUUUAAAUAGCAUUUUACUUGCACUUUUUCUGUUAAAUUAGUUUAAAGCUACUUUAUAAAAAUUAGUAUUUUCAUUUUUAAUUUUUUUAAAAAGAUUUUAAAAAAUAUAAAUUAAUCUUAAAACUUUUGAAUUUUAAUCUGAAUUAAUAAAAGAAUUAAAUAAAAAAAUUAAUUGAUUAAGUGCGAAAACUGUUUAAAUAAAAAACUUUAACCUUUUUUUGUCUGUUAAAUUAGGUCAAAAUUCAUUUUAUAAAAAAUUAGUAUUUUCAUUGAUAAAAUUUUCCUAUUGAAAAACAAAUUGUUCAAUUUAAAUGGGGUUAAAGUCCCCAAAAAUGGAGAUUUUGCCGAUGCUUUGCUCAAACUUAAAGGGAGGGAGUAAGCCAAAACCAACUGGAGCUGAUCUUUUCGAGUUACUUGCAGGGAUGCUAAGUGGGCUUGAAGGACCUGUAAAAACACCAGGAAAAUGCUAUGUUGCUAUAAGUGGAUCAAGCGAAACUAUUGGAGCUAUUGUGUCUGAUGUUUCAAGAAUCCUUGAUGGAGACUAUUCAGCUGUUUCUCAAUUGAUUGUGGAUAUCGAAGCUCUUAAGCCAGAACUUGAGCCUAUCAGCAAAGUUUGUGACUGGAAAACCUUUAUUACAGCAGUAAACAGCUCAAUUCAUGACUACAAAGCAGUUGUCCUCAGAUACACUUUACAUGCUAAAGAAGUCGAUAAAGAUCUUGAAAGUGUCAAAAGCUGCUCUACCAAUUAUACAGCUUGUGGAUAUGGUAUUGGAGAUAUCAUUAGAAUCCUCAUUAGUUGGAAUUUAAAUAACCCACAACUCCAUGCUACUAAUUAUGAAACUACAGUUAAAAGCUGGGCUGUCAUUGCUGCAGGAUUUUUAUCAGGACUUGAAGGACCAAAUACGACCCCAGGACCAUGCUAUACAGAAUUAGAAAAGUUAGGAAAUUUGCUUCAAACACUAUUCACUGAAGGCAGCUCAAUAUUUGGUGGGAACUUUAACGUUGUUCAAGACUUCAUUAAUAAUGCUAAAGGACUAGUGCCUGAAGAAAAAGCAAUUGCGAAAAUUUGUCCUUUCAAAGGAUUGGUAGAAUCUAUUAAAAACAUUAUGAAGCCUGAUGGGUACAAAAUUGUUCUUUUAAGGUAUUAUAAAUACUACCAAUCAAUCAACGCAGAUAUAGCAACCAUUGAACAAUGCUCAGCUGAUUAUUUGAAGUGCGGAGAAAGUGCAGGGAAUAUCGCUUUCAUCCUGCUUAACUGGAACCUUCAGUAA